AUGACGAGGAAUAAGGCUGUGCCCUCCCUUGCGGUAUUGCUUUCUCUGGUCGUCCUUGCCGCAUGCCUUGUUGCUCCCGCAUGGGCUGUGAAACAUGAGAAUUUCAAGACUUGCGAGCAAUCGGGAUUCUGCAAGCGAAACCGAGCUUUCGCCGACAGAGCUUCCGCGGAGGGCUCGUCUUGGAGCUCCCCAUACGAGCUUGACCCCGCUACCCUCAGUUUUCAAGAUGGCCAAUUAUCCGGGAUGCUUGUGAAAAAUGUCUCAGAGCACGAAAAAGUUCAAUUGCCUCUCACAAUUGCCUUCCUAGAAUCUGGUGCCGCUCGCCUGGUUGUCGACGAGGAGAGACGCCUGAAGGGCGAUAUCGAGACUCGACAUGGCAGCAAGAUCAACAAAAAGCGCUACGAUGAGGCGGAGAAGUGGGUCAUUGUCGGUGGCCUCGAAGGCAGCAAAACAGCGACUCUGAAUGCCCAGUCUGAAACAGGGUUCACCAACGUCGCAUAUGGACCCAAUGGCAAUUUGCAGGCGAUCAUUCGGCACUCGCCGUUUGAAAUUGAGUUCUUGAGGGACGGUGAAUCUCAGGUACAAUUGAACAAGCAAGGGUAUUUGAACAUGGAGCACUGGCGCCCGAAACUUGAGAACAGUGAGAGCGAGUCGGCAGAAGAUGAAAGCACAUGGUGGGAGGAGAACUUUGGAUCCAACACCGAUUCCAAGCCUCGAGGCCCCGAAAGUGUUGGUCUUGACAUCACCUUCCCAGGAUUCAGUCAUGUCUUUGGAAUUCCUGAACAUGCAGACUCGCUGUCUUUGAGAGAGACCCGAGGUGGACCCGGAAACCACGAGAAUCCUUACCGCAUGUACAACUCAGACGUCUUCGAGUACGAGCUUGAUAGUCCUAUGACCCUUUAUGGAUCGAUUCCCUUUAUGCAGGCUCAUCGAAAGGGUUCUUCUGUUGGUGUCUUCUGGCUCAAUGCCGCCGAGACCUGGGUCGACAUUGUUAAGAAGAAGGCAUCCUCGAAUCCACUCUCUAUGAGUGCCUCCGAGAAGGUUGACACUCACACACACUGGAUAUCCGAGGCUGGCCGCAUGGACCUUUUCGUUUUCCUUGGUCCCACUCCACAGGAUUUAAGCAAGACAUACGGUGAAUUGACUGGGUACACCCAGCUGCCUCAGCACUUUGCGAUCGCCUAUCAUCAAUGCCGAUGGAAUUACGUCACCGACGAGGACGUCAAGGAAGUUGACGCCAAGUUUGACAAGUACCAAAUUCCCUACGAUGUAAUCUGGCUUGAUCUGGAGUACACAGAUGAUCGCAAGUACUUCACUUGGGAUCCUCUUACGUUCCCAAAUCCAAAGGGCAUGCAAGAGAAGCUGGACGCAUCUCAACGGAAGCUUGUGGUGCUCAUUGAUCCUCACAUCAAAAACAAGAACGAUUACUUUGUAUCACAAGAGCUCACCAGCAAGGGUCUUGCUGUUCUGAACAAGGACGGCGAAGUGUACGAUGGCUGGUGUUGGCCGGGCUCCUCAAACUGGGUCGAUUGCUUCAACCCUGCGGCAGUCCCGUGGUGGAACAGCCUUCAUAAAUUCGACAAGUUCAAGGGUUCAAUGCCUAAUUUGUUCAUCUGGAAUGACAUGAAUGAACCUUCCGUCUUCAAUGGUCCAGAGACCACUAUGCCAAAGGACAAUAUUCACUACGGAAAUUGGGAGCAUCGUGAUGUUCACAACAUUAAUGGUCUGACACUGGUCAACGCAACCUAUCAGGCAAUGUUGGAGCGUAAAAAGGGCGAACUCCGACGACCGUUUGUGCUUACCCGUUCAUAUUUCGCCGGAUCUCAGCGUACCUCAGCUAUGUGGACUGGUGACAAUCAAGCUACAUGGGGCCAUUUGGCGGCUUCGCUCCCUAUGGUCUUAAACAACGGUAUCGCUGGCUUCCCGUUCGCUGGUGCGGAUGUCGGAGGUUUCUUUCACAAUCCUGAAAAGGAGCUACUGGCUCGCUGGUAUCAAGCUGGCAUCUGGUAUCCUUUCUUCCGUGCCCACGCUCAUAUCGAUACCCGUCGUCGUGAGCCCUAUCUGAUCAGCGAACCGUAUCGGACCAUCAUCACACAGGCAAUCCGCUUGCGCUAUCAGCUUCUCCCAGCAUGGUACACCGCCUUUCAUCAAGCCUCCGUCAAUGGUACACCCAUCGUGCGGCCACAGUAUUAUGUCUUCCCCGAAGACGAGGAAGGCUUCGCGAUUGAUGAUCAGCUUUACUUGGGCGACACAGGCCUUCUCGCCAAGCCUGUAGUUCAGGAGAACACUUUCACCACUGAUAUUUAUAUUGCGGAUGAUGAGAAGUAUUACGACUACUUCGACUACACCAUCUACCAGGGCGCUGGUAAGCGUCACACUGUUCCUGCCCCCGCGGAAAAGAUUCCUCUGUUGAUUCAAGGUGGCCACAUCAUUCCCCGCCGCGAUCGACCCCGCCGUAGCAGCACUCUGAUGCGUUGGGACCCUUAUACCCUUGUUAUCACUCUCAACAAAGAUAGCGAGGCGGAAGGCACUCUCUAUGUCGACGAUGGCGAGACCUUUGAUUAUGAGCGUGGCGGCUACAUUCAUCGUCGAUUCCGCUACCAAGACUCUGUUCUCUCAUCAGAGGACAUUGCCACCAAGGGGGCAAAGACCGCUGAGUAUUCGAAGACGAUGUCAGGUGUUUCUGUUGAGCGCCUGAUUGUCAUCGAUCCCCCGACCUCUUGGAAGAGCAAAAUGAGCGUCACUGUCAUGGAAGAUGGUGCAAAGACUGCCACGAUCGCCCCUCUCGAAUAUCAUGAGCAAAAAGACGGCAAAGCGUCGUAUGCUGUUGUCAAGAGCCCGAAUGUCGGCAUCGGCAAGACCUGGCGUAUAGAGUUUUAG